AGGUUCUAAACUUCAAGGCUGCCAUCUUUUAAGGUGUUCAUCAUUUUAUCAUCAUAUUUAGCACAUCUACAAAAUGGCACCUCUUUGCAAAUUCUGGCAACAAGGCUAUUGUCGGAACGGAGCAUCCUGCCGCUUCGAUCACCCAGGCGAAAACGCACCCUCGUCGAACCCAUUCGGAGCUCCAAAUUCGAACACCAAUCGAUUUAGUGCCUUAAAUUCCGGAGGAAACAAGCCACAGGAAAUUCCAUAUAAAAUCACAGCAGAUACCAUCAAGGCUGACCUAACGAUCGAGAGACCACCAUGGCUUCUAUCGUGUUACGGCCCUGGGAAGGAUGCUCCGGAGCAAUUGUUUGGCGGCUACCCACGAGAACAAAGUCUUGAAGAGGUGAUGGUUUACAUCAAAAGUGCGAGCAAUCCGCAACAAGCAGAAGCUGAGGUCAUGGCUCUCGUCCAGCAGGCCGAACAGCAAAAUCAAACCGCCCUUAGCAAUCUCGACGGUGCUAUCCAAUUUGUACUUGCGGCGGAGAAAAGGCGUCCCAAUCGUAUAGAUAUCUGCAACCAGAACAACAACGCGAGCGGUGUUUUCGAAAGAGAGGCCGCUCCUGGUCCUCAGUCAGGCUUCUCAAAUCCACUUGCUUCUGCUUCUUCUUCAACCCCAUUUUCAUCAGCCCCUAAGCAGAACCAAUUUGGCGGUGCCGCGCCUGCAUUCGGCCAACCGUCAACAAUGGGACAGAAACCUAACCUGUUCGGUGCUCCAUCGACUACUCCUGCCUUUGGUCAGCCAUCAGCCAUGGGAGCGGCUAAACCCGCCUUCGGCCAGCCCUCACAAAUGGGCGGAGCUGCUCCCGCGUUCGGCCAGCCUUCAGCUCUAGGCCAGAAACCCAAUCCUUUCGCUAGUACACCCUCCGGACCGAGUGGUUUCGCCCAGACAAGUCAAUCUGCGUUCGGGCAACCGUCGGCCUUAGGACAGAAACCGAACCCCUUUCUCGCUACGACAUCAUCUUCAUCAUCUGCUCCCAACCCUUUCGGGCAGCCGGCAAUGACUUCAGGACCCAGUCCAUUUAGUCAACCAGUAGCCGCUAAUCCCUUCGCCCAAGUAACGAGCCCGCAGCCGAACGAUCAGUCUAUGGAUACAUCAGCUCCUCCACCACCAGCUGCUAGUAAUCCUUUUGCGAAGCCGUCUGCCACUCCCUUCGGUGUCCCAGCCAAGAACCCAUUUAACACGCAACCGCCGACAGGGUUUGGUACCGUAGCAGGGAACCCUUUCGCGCAAGCUCAAACACAAGCGCAACCGCAAGCGCAGGCGCAACAAGCACAGCAACCCCAAUCCGCCCCCGUGGGCGGAGCCAACCCCUACGGACCGAACAGUACCAAACAGCAUCCGCCCCCGGAGAGUUACAUCAACAAGACCAUGAAUGGCCAGAUCAUAUCAUUCAACGGGCAGCAGGUGGUCUACAAGUGGAAGGUAGGCGACAAAUACGAGGACGAGAGGCCGCUGGGCACGCCCACGGAGCCGCCGGUGCCCGGGGUGAGGAACUCGGACGGUUCCUGGCGCAAGAUCUUCUUCCCCAACGGCCCGCCCCCUUACAGCUCAGAUACCGAGCCGGAUCCUUCGCUGUAUAAUGCUACGAUCAAGGCGAUCUACGAGAAGACGAAGAGCACGGGCAGGUUUGACGGGGAUAUGCCGGAGGUGCCGCCGAUGAGGGAAGAUUGCGUUUGGACUUUUUGAAGGGGGUUUGACGAAGCGAUGAAUGGGAAAAUUGAUACGAUACGCAAUCGAUAGACGUGCAUAUAUUGGUCAAGGGGAUGGGGAGGAAUGGCGUUAA